AUGACGAACGUGAAGAACUUGCUCAAUGCAAAAAUAUUGGUCCCCGCCGCUGGUGUCUUGGUUUUACUUAUCGCUGGAGCAUUGGUGACGACAUUCUAUAUCAGAGAUACAGCUAAAACGUAUCUUCUUGUCUCGAUCCAGAAACCUGGUGGAGCUGCAGCUCUUUCCAUGACGCAGGCGACCUCACCUCGUGUAGUUACAAUAAGUUUGACAACGAUUCUCACUACACCGCCUCAUUCGGACACGACAACUCCUCCAGGCACAGGUGAUGCCUCUGAUCCGAACCUCGAUAAUUCGGCGCCUACGUCACAUGCUAUAGAGCCGACAAAACAAGAAUAG